AUGAACAAAACGCUUGGAAGCAACAUGUUCUUCCUCUACGUCCAGACACAGGAAAACCCGUCAACCGCACCACUGAUGCUAUGGAUGCAAGGCGGUCAAGGUAUGUCCUCCCUGUUCGGCCAGUUCCUCGAGUUCGGACCAUUGGCCCUCGACGCCGAUGGAAAGCUAUACAAGCAGCUCCACACUAUGCAAAGCGACGUGAGCGUCAUCUACCUUGAUGUUCCCGUUGGAGCUGGCUACAGCUUCACGAAAGACACCUCUGGUUACCCGCACAACCUCGAGGAUAUUGCCGCGGAGAUCGCCGAAUUCCUGGGUCAAUUUCUGAAGAAGCACGACAAAGCUAGGGCCAAAAGCAGAGUGGACUUGUUCGCUAAAGAGGCAAACGCCACAGCUCACUCUGGUUAUAUCACUGUGAACAAAACACUUGGAAGCAACAUGUUCUUCCUCUACGUCCAGGCACAGGAAAAUCCGUCGACCGCGCCACUGAUGCUAUGGAUGCAAGGCGGUCCUGGAAUGUCCUCCCUGUUUGGCCAGUUCCUCGAGUUCGGACCAUUGGCCCUCGACGACGAUGGAAAGUUAUACAAACGGCUCCACACUAUGCAAAGCGACGUGAGCGUCAUCUACCUCGACGUUCCCAUUGGAGCUGGCUACAGCUUCACGAAAGACAUCUCUGUGAGAUACGCCGUUGCAAUCGCUUACCGGCUGCUCACCGACCAAGUCAAGCGUGUGCCCCUGAAUCUUCAAGGAGCAGCUCUCGGAGACGGAUUCAUGGGAUCUAUCUUCGACGUGGCCGACUCCAGCGAAUUCCUCCACCAAGUUUCAAUGCUCACACGGAAAGGCGGCGAUGAAUUCGCGAAACAGUUCUCAACCAUUAGAAGCCUCUUGGCCGAAGACAAGGGCCUGGAAGCCUUGCAGAUGUUGUCCCGAACCACCUUCGCUAACCCCACCCAGCCCACCUUGUUUCAAAAUCUCACGUUGUACAACCAGCAAGCGAGCGCUCUGUACUCCGAGACGCCGGCAAUCAUGAUUAAAUUCUACCAAUACGCCAACUCUAUGGGACUGAGGGAAGCAAUUCACGUAGGGCUCGACGCCAAUGUUCAAGCGACUAUCCAAGACCUCCUGACAAGCCUGGCACCUGAUUUCCUUAGAGACAUCACUGCUGAGGUGGAGCUGCUCCUCAGUGCGAUUAGGAUGCUGGUCUACAUGGGUCAGCUGGAUACUCUGUUUCCUCCAACCAAUCAGCGAGCCUACUGA